GGAAAACUGUGGUGGAGAACAUACUGCGGGGACAUUUUCAUGAAAAGCAAAUCUUUUGAAGAAACCGGCUGUUACUUUUAUCAUCCAGGUCCCUCAAAGACCGACAGACGUCAUGGACAGUGAAGUGGAAACAGGGAACAGCAGCCUUGACAGCCCGAUGCACCUGACUGGGCUGGGGAUGACCUGUCUUCUUGGUCAAAAGUACCGUCACUCUGGGCCGGGCCUCACCAGUCCUCAGGAGUACAACCAGUGGCUACCUUACCGCCACGACGCCAGCCUGAUGCCCAUGAAAGAGGACCUGGCCCUCUGGCUCAACACUAUCACCGGUGAAGACCUCAUAGCAGACAGUCUGAUGGAGAGGUUAGAUAACGGCGUUGUUCUCUGUCAGCUGGCACAGCUGGUCCAGGACAAGAUGAUGCACACCAACAAUGGCAAGCCUUUAAUUAGAAGAGUGAUCCACUGGCGAGCAGAUGCAACUUCUGGAUCAUUCUUCGCCCGAGACAACACUGCCAAUUUCCUCUACUGGUGUCGAAAGAUUGGCAUGGAUGAGGCUUACCUUUUUGAGUCAGAGGAUUUGGUCCUCCACAAGCAGCCUCGAGAGGUGUGCCUGUGCCUGAUGGAGCUGGGCCGGAUUGCAGCCAGGUACGAAGUGGAGCCUCCCGGGCUGGUGAAGAUAGAGCGAGAGAUAGAGCGGGAGGAGGCGGGGUGCUUAUCUCCAUCAUCCCCUCUGCCCCUGUCUUUUUUUCCUCCUGCAUCUUUCUAUUCACCAUCACAAUCGUCCCCACCCCCUGCUCCCUCUCCUCCACCUUCUCCUCCUGCACCUGCGCCCCUCACUCCCAGCACAACCUGUGUGUGUGAACCCCUCGCCUGUGAUCUUCCAUCAGCCACAACAAACCCAGCAGCUACAUGUCAGUCCUCCCUCUCAGCCUCUGACCCUUGUACAACCACAGCCUCAACACAAACGCCUUUGUUCUCUUCAUCCUGCACCACUCAAACAUCUGCUUCAGCUCCAUUGUUAGCUCCUUCGCCGGGACAAAGCCUGCUUUCCACUCCCAAAGUCUUCUUCACCACAGUGAACAACCACACUCCCAAAGCUACACCCCCCAUCAACUCCCCACCUCCUCGUUCCUCCUCUAGCAGAACGAAGAGCAGGAGGAGCACAGGCACCAACGACAUUUUGGAUGAUAUUGUGAAAAACAUUAUCGAGAAUCCCCCCUGCAGCUGUCUAACCAGGUUCCUCGUUGAGAAGCAACCUAAAGGCUGCUACCGUGUUGGAGAUAAAGUUCUCUAUAUAAGGAUGCUGAAUGAGCGCCAUGUGAUGGUACGUGUAGGCGGGGGCUGGGAGACCUUCAUAAGUUACCUGCAGAAACAUGACCCCUGCAGAGGACCGGUGGGCAGACCUGAGGUCAGGGUCUGCAGGGUCAAAGCCAAGCCCCCCAAUCUGAACAUCUCACCUGACAGCUACAUGGUGGUGGGGGUCCACUGCCGUAACAAGAAGUAGACUCUCAAACUCACUCUCACUUUAGUAGCCGCGAACAUUUCACUUACUGUAGUCAAACCAAACUGUACAUGGUCAAUGAUCGUUUUUUAAUUCAAGUUUAAAAGAAAAUCCAACUUUUUCUAUUGAAUAUGCGAGAUAUGAUGUCCUUAUCUCAUUUGAUCUGUAUGAGUUACCCAACCUACUGUAACAACUUGGCAGUGAAGCUGCAUUAUUGCAUUAUGAGUCGUUAAAGUAAAUUAAUUGGUAUCUAUUUGAAUUCUCUUUUAAUCGUCUAAGUCAAGAAAAAGAGUGAGUGCUUCCCCUUUGUUGAGACUUAUAUGAUAAUAAACACUAUAUCGUUGGGUGGGAAGUAUUGUUGAAUAAAAGCAAUCUAAAUAGAUGACUCAGGGCUGAGACAAUUCUUCACUAUUUUCUGACAUUUAUAAGACUAAUAUGAAAUUGAGAAUAUUAUGAAAUAUUUAUCAAUCAUGAAACUAAUUUUCCGCUGCUGAACUAUACAGGACGUUUACAAUAAUGUCAAUAUGAGUUAAAUAAGACAUUUGUCGUUCAGUUUAUAAAAUAUGUGUUUAUGGUACUGUAGUAUAUAUUUUUUAUUUCUGAGCUUUUGUAUUUUGUUCUCGCAGCAGUUUGAGUAGUAGUCGUUGAGUAGUGAUUUUUUUGUAUUCUAUGUGGAGGUAUGUUUGUG